AUGUUAAAAGAAGUGCGAUCAUUAGAACCCAGCCUAUCAAUUUCACCACUUUCAUUAUACGCCCCAAGUUUAUUAAGUCCAGAACACACAGAAAUAUUUAAAUCUUUUGGAACUGCAAGAACUCCAUCUGUGCCAGUCCUUGGCCGUCGAAUUACAAGUGAAUCAGUCGUUUCUCCUUCAAAUGAAAGCACAAGCCGAUUUCCGAUUCCUGUAGUAAUACAGUCACCCAAACUGAAAUUUUUAUCCCCUCAGCCAACUAAAAAGGCGAUUAAUUAUUUUCAGGAUACUCAAAAACCAAAAAAAGAAAUUAAGCGCAAAGUUGUGUCGAAAACCCCAGAACCUAUAAAAAUCAGCAAGCCAGUAGCUCAGCCUUUAUCAAAACAGCCAUCAAUUACAUUAAAACAAAAAAUCCCAAGGAAAUCUUCAGCUACACCUCAGCCUACAUCAAUUAUAUUUUUUAUGAUAAAUUCUGGCUUGCAAUUUAUAUAUAAAAAAUUAUCAAAAAAUAUUUAUAUUUAUAAUAUAGCAUACUCAUAAAGAAGAAGUAAAAAUAGAGAAGCCAGCUAUUGAAGAAAUCCCUCAAAAAGGCUCAAUUGAGAAAAUUAUUAGCAAAACUUUGAGAAAACAAAAACUUAGCAAAGAUUUAGCAGAAAAAAGAAAAUAUGAUGAGAUGGUAAAGCAGCAGAGAAAUAAGAGAGAAUUGGAACAGCUGAAUAAACAAACAAGGCUUGAAAAUAAACAGAGAUUUAAAAAAAAUGAGUUUAAGCCGAAAGUACCUUGGGGAGCUGAUGAAAGAAGAAUCAUGGGGGAAACUGAUGAAAAAACGAGAAGAGAAGCAGAAGAAAUGAGGAAAAAACAGAGGGAAAGCAGGGAAAAAAACAAACAGAUGGGAAAAGCGAGGAUUGGGAUGGAUAAUAUUAAUUGAAAAUCUCCUGAAAGGGCAAAAACGUCAAGGAGUCAUAAAGAUGAAGAAAAGCAGCUUGAAAAGAAAUCAAUUAAACAACCAAAUCCAGAAAUUCUCGAAUUUAUGAGGUAUACCUUAUUGAUAAUUUAUUUAGCCAUUUUUCUAUAAAAAAUCUAAUCACUAAAAAUUAUUAAUAUUUUACAUUAAAGCCUAUCUAGUAUACCAAAAAAAAUUAAGAAAACUCCAAAAAGAGCUUGACAGUGAAAAAAUCCGCGAAGAAGAAAGCAAGCGAAUUUCUCAAUUAAACCACCUAGAAUCCCAAAUAAAAUCAAAUUUAAACAAAUUCAAGAAAAAAAAGCAAAAAGAGAAGAAAAAAGAAAAAGUCCGAAAAAAAAUCCUUACUCCCCCCCCCCCCCCCCCCCCUCCUCCGUGAGCGAACAAAAAAAUUUUGUUCGCUCACGGAGGGGGGUAAUUUUUUUUUUUUAAAAAAAAUUUAUAUAUAAAUUUUAUAAAAAAAUAUUUUUUUCGAAAUUUAAAAAAAUCCUAAUUUGCAAAAAUUGGGAAGCAAAUAUUAAUUUAAUUUGCAAAAUUUAUGUUUUAAAACGCAAUUUGUUUAAAAUUAAACAGAAUUAGCUCUAGAUUUCAUUAUACUAAUUAUCACUUAUAUAUCAAAAUUUUUUUCCAUUAAAAUUUUUUCUAUUAAAAAAAUUUUUGUUCACUCACGGAGGGUGGGUUUUUGGUCAAAAAAUGGCGAUUUUUCUAAUGGUUUUGUUCGCUCACGGAGGGGGGGGGGGGAGUUAAGAAAAAGCCUGUGAAGCCAUGGGUUGAAGAAAGUGACACAAACUACCCAGAAGACGAAGAAGUCAAAGGGAUCAUGUAUGGAAUGCCUCCAGAGACCUCAAGCAGCUAUAACAGAGAAGGCCGAGAAUGCCAAGUUUUUGGGCAUUAUCCAGACGUUCAAGCUAUCGAAGAACGAGGAAACGCUACACAGCUCGUUAAUGAUAUAGUAGAACGUCGAGUCCAUCAAGAAUCAACUUUACCUAUCGGCAGUGUCACAAUGCCCAUUUUAGAAGUAAAAGAAACCACCCCCACUUACACAGAAGACGUCAGUGAAGAGCUAAAACUCCAAGAACUUCAGUCUUCAGACCUUUCUCGGCGAAAAGACGAAAUUCGCAAAAAAUUAGCUGAGCUUAAAAACCGUGUGGACAGGGCCAGAGAAAUUGCAAAAGACUCCACAAAUGAAGAAGAAAUAAAAAAUCAGGCUGCAGUAAGAAUCCAGGCAUGGACAAGAGGGUGGCUUACAAGGGAAGCGUUGAGGAGAUUUUUUGAAAAUUUGGAAAGCUCAGAUGAUACGUGGCUUUAUAAAAGGCUGUAUGGGAGCGAUGGGCAGGUUUCGUUUGAAGAUGAAGAUGAAGAAGUAUAAUGCAAAAUUUUAAGCCUUAUAAAUAGGAUUUUUAUUAAAUAAUAGGUUUAUAUAAUGCAGAAAUGUAUACAAAAAAUAUUGAGAAAAAUAGGAAAACCAGAUAACUUCACAAAUGGGAGCAGCUGAGAAGAAUCAGACCAUAUAAGUCCUAGAACUUUUAAUAAACUGUCAAAUGGACAAAAAUGGGAAGAAUCAAAUGCAGAAUCUCAGUUCGCGAGACUAUCCCCUGUGCCUGUAAAAAAAGAGUGAGAAGAUUCAGCAGGGCUUGACCUAGACUCUCAUUUCCGGAAGUUUUCACCGGUACCUGCAGCGAUUUCUUCACAUGAAUUAGAGAGAUUGAGAGAAGAAGGAAUCAAAAAUGGAAUAAAUAAAGAAAAACAAAAGGAAAUCCAGGAAAUUUUAGAGUCACAAAUGCAAUGAAGAAUACAUCAAAAACAAAAACUUAAAGAGCUUAAGGAAAAAGAUAUGCAAGAUAUAGAAAAAAUUGCGAAAAAAGUAGGAAAUGAUAAAGAAACUAUGAAAUUUUUCCAAGAAAUAAUAGAAAGGCGAUACUCCCAUAUAAACCAAAUUUUUGACGAAAAUAUAGAAGCAGUUAAGUCAGCACUUUCUGAUAACUUACUACCCUAUGUAAGCGAAUAAAAAUGUUUUUUCUAUGAUUUUUUUUAAAUUUAAAAAAAUCUUAACUCGUAAUAAUUGGAAGCAAAGAUAAUAAAAAUUAUUUUUUUAAAAUGCGAGCUGCUUAAAAUAAACAGAAUUAGCUAGAGAUUUCAAUAUAAGAAUGAUCACUUAUAUAUCAAAACAUUUUCACUAAAAUAUUGCGAUAUUAAAAAAUUUUUCUUGUCAGCUCACGGAGGGUGGGUUUUUACCUAAAAAAUAGGGGAAUUUCCAAUGAUUUUGUUCCUCACCGAGGGGGAUUUAGAAAAUGCUGAUGAAGAAUCUUUAAUUAAAACAUUUGAGCAGCGAAAACAGUUAGCCGACAAAUUAAUAGAGCAAAAAAAUAGCGGAAUUUUAGAAAAAGCUUUAGGAGACGUCAUAAAUUCCCAAGAAAAAGAAUGGGACAAUUAUUCUGAUUCCGCUAGCAACAAAAGUGUAAGGGUAAGCGAGCUUGAUAUUGAAAAUAAUGAGACUGAAGAAAACAAAGAAGAAAAAAAAUCAAUUGAUAUCGACGAGCUGUCUCCUUGCCAAAGUAAAAAGCCGGCUGAUAUUUCGAAUAGCUUUAUUGAGCAAAUAAAAGCAUUGCAAUUUCCUAUACCUGAUAAAUCUCCAAUUGGGCAGGAUUCCAAGUUUAUUGAUUCUAUAUUCCAUGAAAUAAAAAAUGUAAUAGCAGAAGAACGGGAUUCCCCAGAAUUUAAUGCAUUACAAGUCGAAAAAUUCCUGAGCCCUGAGCUUGAGAAUAUUCUUAAAUAUAUAAUUUUUAUUAUAUUUUUUAAAAAAAUGAAUUUUUGCACAUUUAUAUAUAAAAAUAUAGCAUCUCUAUAGAUUCAGAACCAAUUAUUUGCGAAUUUUCUGAAGAAAGCUCACAAUCGUUCAAAUCCUUCCAAGGAGACGCUGAGAUCCAGUCCUCAGCUGAAAAAAAUGCUCAAGAAAUCUCUAAAAGUUUUGAAGAAGGCUUAGAUUUAAACACAGAAAACUCCAAAGAAUCCUCAAGUGAAAAAAAUGACAGUUCAAGCUUAAUUGAAUAUGAAGCAAGCCCUAGGCCAAAUUUAAUAGUAGAGCCAGGAGGAACGCCUUAUUUAUUAAGCGAUAAUGAGUCUCAUUCAAAAAACAGCUCUCCUAUUAAUAAAAAUUCAGCAAUUCUGAUACAGGAAUGAAGCUCACCUGAAAAUUCGAAUUGUAAUAUCCCAGAAGAACCGUCAAUAGAAAACCCAGACCUUGAAUGUUUAAUUGAUAUGGAAAAAUUCCAAGAAAAAAUCGCAAGACCAUUUGAUGAAGCUCAAUAGGAAAGCUUGGGAAAUAUUUUAUAUGGAUUUUUAGGUAAAAAUUAUGAAAAAUAUGAGACACAGCUCAAUGUGAAGAAAUGCUUAUUUCUGAUGCACUGGAAAAUAUGUAUAACGGGAUUUUGUCUGAAUUUGUUUAUGAAGCUAUAAUAAUCAAAAAUUGCGGAACUCGAAUAUUCUGUAUUACCGAACAGAAAUCUCCUCUUGGCAAAUUUUGAUUCUGAGGUUGGCUUCACCUAGCGAAUUUAUCCGGCAAUGAUGACAUAAUAUGCCCAAGGCUCUGAAAGUGUCCCAUCAACCCUAGAGGUGGCGACUGGGACCUAGGCGUCCAGACAGAUGCAAAGUAGUUUUGCCCGCGAGCUGGUAGGACAACUGUCGAAAUCCGAACUCCUGAAGCCGAAGGACUAUCCAGACUAACACCAGGCGGUGAAAGACAAGUGGUGAUAAGGAACCAGGAAGCAGGAGCGGAGCCUAUCCAGGUGAUGCAUGUUUGAAGUUAAACGAAAACGAAGCACAGCUAAUUAAGAUUAAGAUUGUUAGUGAAACUAUAAAGCAGCUGCUGAUUUCUCCUGAUUUCUUGGUAAAAAUAACAGAUUUCAUUAUUUUUGAUUUAAUUGUAGAAGAAGUAAGACAUUGCAGACCAUAUGAAAUGCCAAUUAUAGAUAUCUCUGUGGAAAGCCCUAAAGUGAUAUCAAAUACAGAUGAAAAUGCUGUGAGGCAAUAUAUUAUUUUAAUUAAAAUCCAGCAUUUUAUAAAGAAUAAACUCAUUUCCUAUAAUAACCCAAUCCAGCAUAUACAGAAAAAUUAUUAAAUUUUGUAUUGCAAAGCCCUGAAAUAGCCCAAGAGAGCUUAUUAACACCUAUAUGCAGAAAUCCUUUAGAUCAGCUUUCCAAGAUGCAAGAAAAUGAAAUUGGGACUGCCAUAAUCCCUGAUCCUCCAGCAGAUCCUGUUUUAUCGCCAAACUUCUAUGAUAAAUUAGAAAAAGAAGCAAAACCUGAUGCCCUUGCAGAAGCUGAAUCUAUACACAAUAAAAUGAUUUUUGAUGCCAUUAAUGAGAAUUUGCAACAAUACAGAAAAAAUGGAGAAAAAGGUGUGCCUAUGCCAUGGAGUAACCGAAGUCCAAGUACUUCAAAUAUGCUUUUCUCAGCUAAUUUUACUAUGAAUAAUUUUACUAGAAUUAAUGCACAAAUACGGUUUAGUUAAGAAUAUAUUAAAUAUAUAUGAAAUAUUUAGCCAAGUCAGAGACAAUAUAUUGGAGUGCAGCAAAAUACGAGCAGGCACAAUCCCAGAAUUCGACCUAAACGCCAGUGUCAGCACAGAAGAAGAAAUUUUACGAAAAAUCCGUGAAGAAAAGCUAGCUAGGCUGUUGACAUUAGAAGUCAUGGAAAAUGAUCAACAGUGGGUUGAUUAUGAAUUCGAAGAAACCCAAGUAAAGCUGGAUCUUGCUGAUAUGAUGCUUGAGCAGCUCGUAGCUGAGGUUGUUGAAAUACUUUAUGUGAACUAA